CAGUGACGUCAGCUCGAGCGAGAAGGAAGCGGAGCGCUCGCUGGAAGCUGUCACACACAGGAGUUGUGGCGAAAGCAAGAGAAACCCUUUCCGCACGUGCGUACCCAACUGUUGCGCUACCCGGACAAACGACAAGGCAGAAAACUCAGCAACUUCCACAUACUCUACUGGGAAUUAUUCUCUCCUCUUUCUGCGAUGGCUGAUGUCAUACAAAGCAACGAGCAGUCCACAUCUGACGUUGCAAAUCGAUUCGCACGUAAAGGUGCUUUGAGGCAGAAAAACGUCCAUGAAGUGAAAAACCACAAAUUUAUUGCGAGGUUUUUCAAGCAGCCGACUUUCUGCAGUCACUGCACUGAAUUUAUUUGGGGGUUUGGAAAGCAAGGCUUUCAAUGCCAAGUGUGCUGCUUUGUGGUCCAUAAACGUUGCCAUGAAUUUGUCACAUUCUCAUGCCCUGGAGCUGAUAAAGGGCCAGACACAGAUGACCCUAGGAGCAAGCACAAAUUUAAGAUCCACACUUAUGGCAGUCCCACAUUCUGUGACCACUGUGGAUCUCUUCUAUAUGGACUCAUACACCAAGGAAUGAAAUGUGACUCCUGUGAUAUGAAUGUCCAUAAGCAGUGUGUGAUGAACGUGCCAAGCCUUUGUGGAAUGGACCACACAGAGAGACGAGGACGUCUUUACUUGAAGAUUGAGGUGAUAGAAGACAAAAUGCGUGUCACAGUGGGGGAAGGCAAGAAUAUGAUUCCAAUGGACCCAAAUGGAUUGUCUGAUCCAUAUGUAAAACUCAAGUUGAUUCCAGACCCUAAAAAUGAGACAAAACAGAAAACGAAAACCAUCCGUUCUACUCUGAAUCCGGCUUGGAACGAGUCAUUUACAUUUAAGCUGAAGCCAACAGAUAAGGACCGUCGGCUGUCUGUGGAGGUGUGGGACUGGGACAGAACCACCCGUAAUGAUUUCAUGGGCUCAAUGUCUUUCGGUGUGUCUGAGCUCAUGAAAUCCCCAGUGUGUGGAUGGUUUAAAAUUUUAAACCAGGAUGAGGGGGAGUACUACAAUGUGCCAAUUCCAGAUGAAGAUGAUGAGGAUACUGAGCUCCGACAGAAGUUUGAGGAUCAGACAAUAGAGGGCCUUGAGCAGAAAGCCAAAUUGGGUCCAUCCAAAAGAGCCACCACCCCUCUGGACGACAGUGGGUCCACUUUACCCUCAAGCAGUUUGGACACAGUUAGACUCACAGACUUUAAUUUCUUGGCAGUAUUGGGAAAAGGCAGUUUUGGAAAGGUGAUGCUGGCUGAGAUGAAGUCUACUGGUGAACUAUAUGCUAUAAAGAUCCUGAAGAAGGAUGUGGUCAUCCAGGAUGAUGAUGUUGAAUGCACCAUGGUGGAGAAGCGGGUUCUGGCUCAGCAGGACAAACCUCCAUUCCUCACCCAGCUUCACUCCUGCUUUCAGACUGUGGAUCGUCUGUAUUUCGUGAUGGAGUAUGUUAAUGGUGGUGAUCUGAUGUACCACAUCCAGCAAGUAGGCAAAUUUAAGGAGCCACAAGCAGUGUUCUAUGCUGCAGAGAUUGCUGUUGGACUUUUUUUCUUGCACAAGAAAGGAAUCAUAUACAGGGAUCUGAAAUUAGAUAAUGUCAUGCUGGAUGCAGAGGGUCAUAUUAAGAUUGCAGACUUCGGUAUGUGCAAGGAGAACAUUGUGGAAGGUGUGACCACCCGUACAUUUUGUGGAACGCCAGACUACAUUGCUCCAGAGAUCAUAGCAUAUCAGCCGUAUGGCCGUUCUGUGGACUGGUGGGCUUAUGGAGUGCUGCUGUACGAGAUGCUGGCGGGACAGCCUCCAUUUGAUGGUGAGGAUGAAGACGAACUUUUUCAGUCCAUCAUGGAGCACAACGUCUCCUACCCUAAAUCCAUGUCCAAAGAAGCAGUUUCCAUCUGCAAAGGGAUGAUGACAAAACACUCUUCAAAGCGUCUGGGCUGCAGCCCAGAGGGGGAAAGAGAUAUUAGGGAACAUGCUUUCUUCCGCCGGAUUGACUGGGAACGUCUGGAAAACAGAGAAAUACAGCCUCCAUUCAAACCCAAAGUGUGCGGAAAGGGGGCAGAGAACUUUGACAAGUUCUUCACACGCACACAGCCACAACUGACCCCUCCUGACGAGCUGGUUAUCGCCAACAUCGACCAGGCUGAAUUUGAUGGAUUUUCCUUCAUCAAUCCUCAAUUCAUCCAUCCCUCCAUCAUCAACAGUGAAUAAAAUGGAAAAAAGAGGGAAUGAAUGUGAAUCUACCUACAACCCCAAAGCUCUGCCCUUGCCUUUACCCUUUUAUCUAACAAAUGUUAAAUCAAAACCACAACUCACGUCUUAAAUCAAAUCAUGUCCAGGUUUUGUGUUUGUUUUUUGUUUCUUUUUAUCUAGUAAUUCUUCACUUUUUCACAUCAUUUCAAUGUAGGCCAGUCAAAGAGUUUACCUUAAUGAUUGAAAACAGAUUGAAAGAUUUUUUUUUAACACUUAAACUCUGGUUAGGAAGGGCUGUUUACAUUACAAACUGUUUGUUUGACUUCGUGCAGACCAGUAUUUAAAAGUCUAUAUAAAAAGGCCAUCUUAUCUCAAGCCCCUGGUGGCUGACACAGCAUGAUUUUGCCACAUCUUCCCAAAGCCGAAUAACAGAAAUAGAGUUGUGUGCUUCCUAAGACUUCCUAAGUCUUCCCAUUCAGGAUUUCUAAAGGUAAUCGCCAAAGCCAAUGGGGUUUCUGCCUUCCCCUUAGCACUGUACCAAUUUAUCUUUUUACAGAUUUAUUUUGGUGUCAGUUUAAGUACUCACUUUUUGGAAUCGCCAGUGUUUUUUCAGUGUUAGUGUCGUUAAAUAUUUUAAAUAAAAUACUAAACAUCUCUCAGUGUAAUAUUUGCACAUAUUUCAGGUAUGACAUGACAACUUGGCUCUCCAGUUUAACACUUGUUUGCAUUUUAUUUUUGUUCUAUGGCAAAAAUAAGGGUGCCAAGAGUUUUUACAAUCCACAAUCGGAGCUUUGGAUGCAUGAAAUGUUUAAUGUUUCAAGGUUUAAUUUUUAUUUUAUUUUGUGUGUGUCUGUGUGCAUUUAGAAUGGUUUGGUUUUAUUUAACAGUAAACACAUAUACACUUUUAACCAUAAAAAAUGACAGAAUAAUAAUGGUAUUACCUCAUUAUCCCUUUAAUUCACCAAAUGUUUUUAAAAUAUCCUCUAUUUUGCCAUAGCAGAAAAUAUCCUGGGAACAUAAGAAAAUGUUGUGUGUAUGUGUGUGUUUUGUUUUGAUAAUGAGAGAUAUUAUGAGAGGCAGAAAUAUUUAAGUGUUGGCAUUUAUGUCAAGCUCUAAUUAUGUUGUUCUCAAAUUCUCAUUGUCUGCAUACAAGUAAAUAUUGAACAGUAAAUGUUAAUAUCUGCUAUACCUGCAGAAUAACCUUUACAUCAUGUUUGGAUUUAACACAAUUGACGAUAAAAUGUAACAUCGUUAUGUCAUAUUUAUCUUCUGCUUCAAUAUUUUGGUUAUACUUAAUAAAACAUGCUAUUUUAACAGUAUAAGAACAUUUUUAAACUAAUUAAAUGUGAUUUUGUUAAAUUACAAAGGUGAAAUUUCUGUGACACUAGCAAAAUUACAACUGAGGGAAAAAAUGAAAGCAAGUUUGCAUUAACUCUUAAGGAAAUAGUUCAAAAAUGGAAAUACUGUCAUUAUAUACUCACCCUCAAGUUGUUCCGAACAUGUAUGAGUUUCUUAAUUCUGUUGAACACAAAAGAAGAUAAUCUGAAGAAUGUUGGCAAGCAAACUGUUUUUUUUUUUCCCUCAUAAUAUGGAAGUCUACUAGCAUCUGUUUGGUUACCAGCAUGAAUAAAUGGCAGAAUUUUCAUUUUGGGUGAACUAUCCCUUAACCCUAAAAUGGAGGUACAAUUGUUAGUUGGUUUAAUGUUUUUAGUUACUUUAAUAGUCCACAUUUCAACUAUCAUUGUCCCUUUUAAAUGUGUAAUUUUGUAUUAACCACAUCAUUACACAGUCAGCUACUAUAAUGCUAUUCUUCAGGUAGAUAUUUGUGUAAUUGUUGUUAUCAUUGGUGUGUACUGUUGUAGACAUUGUAAUAUGACCUUGUACUUUGCAUAAUGAAAUCCUUUACAAAUGUGCUUUCGCCAUUCGAUUUUUCAACUGUACUUUGCUUUUGGCUGUUAUGUGUAAUCUGAUUGGAUUACAUUUGAAAGUGUGAGCUGAUUGGCUGCUGUCAUCCUUCUAUGUUCUGAUAACUAGCAUUGUUUGCAUGUUUUGGAAUGCAAAGGAUCCACUUGAAAAGAUUUGUGUGUAUUUGUGAGGAAUGUUUUGUUAUCAAUGGAAUAUAAAAUUGAGAUUAUAAGAUUAUUACAGCAUGGAGUAUGAACAAGCCAGAUACAUAUGAAAGAUUUGUCUCCAUUCACAUAUUUAAUAGUGUAACUCUCAGUUUCAAUUAUUUUAAUGUCUUGAUAUUGUAGUUUGUGAGAUUAUUUAUGUUCUUCUUCCCAUCUUUUUCUGCUGUUAGAAGUAAUGCAUAUUAUGUAAAACAUUUCAGAAUUAGAUGAAAAUAACACAUGGAACAAUUGGCUUGUUUAGAUUUUAGAUCACAGGUUUCAGUUUUCUUCUAGCACUAUAAUAUACUUGCCAGUUUUAUAUUUUCCCCUCUUUUUUUGUCACAUAAUGGCAAAUAUAUGGCCCCAUAGUUUAGAUCAACUCACUUCUGUCUUCUCUAUUAUUUGUGUUGAUUUAACAAUGUUAAUCUUGCCGUAAAAUCCCAUCAGUGCUAAAUACGUCUAUGUUGAAAUCAUAUGCAAACUCCCAUCGUUCUUUUCGUGGGUCUUUCCAAAAACCUGCUUUGCAUCAGUGCCAUACUGAACCCAGCAAGACCAGUGUUGCACUAACUGCGUAGCCACAACGAUGUUUGCCAGUAUUGAAUCCAGUAUUAUGAGCACUGGUCUCAUGUAGCUGUACUGUUAACUCAGUGCUGCUACUUCUCUUGAGAUCGCAUCAGUGUAUCUCUUGCUUUGUGUAUCUGACAUUCAAUCAUGUGUACUACCUUGGCUGUUGUAAAGAAAGUUGCAUAGCCAUUUUUUGAAAACAGGUUUAACAUGGCAUGCUUUGAGUUUCCUCUACUGUAAGAUGAUCCAUAUGCCUUACCCAGUUCUUUCUAUUCCUGUGAUGCUUAAUUAAUGAUUGAAUACAUGAACAAAUGGAUGAAUGAAAUGUUAACAUUAUUGCUUGUUUGCCUCAGUUGUUUAGCUUUCCGGGGGCAGGAAAAUUUCACCCAAAAUUGGAAAGUUUGUCAUCAUUUACUCACCCUCGUGAUGUUCAAAAUCUGCAUGACUUUUUUUAUUCUGUGGAACACUAAAUAUUUUGAAGAUUGAUAGUAGUCAAAACUAUUUUGGUUAACAUUGUGUAAAAAAGAUUGAUCUUCUUCCACAGUAGAUAGGAAGUCAUACAGGUUUGGAAAGACAUGGGAGAGAGUAAAUGACAGAAUGGGGUGAACGAUCCCUUUAAAUGUACUGGAUCUGCUUCUUUAGUCAUCUCUUGUCAUCUAUUAUAAUUGUUAAUUGAUUACAACCAUAUUAUAAAAACAAGGUGGAAUUACCUUUCCCAAUUAGUCAGCCAUUCAUGUUUGUUCCGGUACUAUUAAUUUUUGUGUUUGUUGAAGAGGAGAGCAAGAACUUUGCUCCUCAUCUUAUCACGCUGUUUGUUCAUUACUUUGUUGUUGUUUGUGUGUAGGUUGGAUGGUACAUCACCCUGUGGUCCUUUUGCUUUGUGUGAUUCAGUCCACCUGUUUUAUUUCUAACUGUUAAAUGUAUCAUGUUCAUUUAGAGGACAAAAUCAACAGAAUGCCUUAUUUUGCUCUCUUUGUCUCUCAAAUAGCAAGGCCCUGAAAUUAACCCAAAGCACUAUCUCUGUUCUUAUACACAGUAAUAUUGAUCCAUAACAUAUAAAUAAACCAAGUAAAAUGUUGUAUUUUGUAGAAGUGUAUGUUAGCCCUGCCUUUGUUGUCUUAACAGAAUAUAUGCUUUUCCAUGCAAUCCUGUUGCCAUUUGUACCUAAUGUAUGAUAUUGCAAAUAAAGAAGGGAAAAUCAAA